UUUUGUGAGUCGUGAUCGCCGCCAUAGCAGCCGACGUUAACGGCGUCUACGCGGUUCGCGAUUUAAACACAAAACAAAUUAUAACAACACCCGCCCUCGGGCCAGAGAUAAAACAAUGAGCGACGUGGAGGAAGGCGGAUACGACGGCGGGGCCUCUCACUCCAAGUCGGGGAGCCACAGUUCGGCAGCGACGCAACCGCUGGAGAACGAAGGCGGCCACUCGGGGUCUCGCCACUCACGCUCCCACUCUCAUACCAACUCUCGCUCAAAUUCUAAAUCCAGAUCACGCUCCCGGCACCGGCAUUACUCUCGGUCCCGCUCGCACUCACGACGCCGUCACUCGCGCAGCCGGUCCUACACGCCCGACUACCGGCGCCACAGCCGCUCGCCGAUGUCCAACCGUCGCCGCCACCUGGGCUCCCGGGUGAACCCAGACCCAAGUUGUUGCCUCGGUGUAUUUGGGCUGAGCCUGCACACUGGGGAGAAGGACCUGAAGGAAGUGUUUUCACGCUAUGGCCCAGUCCAGAGUGUAAAUGUGGUGUACGACCAGCAAUCGGGCCGCUCUCGUGGAUUUGCCUUCGUGUACUUUGAUAAUUCAGAGGAUGCUAAAGAGGCAAAGGAAAGGGCUAACGGCAUGGAGUUGGAUGGGCGGUACAUACGAGUGGACUUCUCAAUUACUAAGCGUGCCCACACACCUACCCCGGGCAUCUACAUGGGACGUCCUACCUUGAGUACGAGCAGUCGCCGAGAUGGCCGAGACGGCCGCGACGGCAGAGACAACUUCUACGAACGUGGCUGCGACCGUGGCUAUGACCGCAACUAUGACCGUGGGUACGAUCGGGGAGGCUAUGAACGAGGCGGCGGUUACGACCGAGGAGGUUACGACCGUGGCUACGAUGACGGAUACAGAUACGAUCGUUACAGAAGGCGUUCUCCAUCGCCUUACUAUCGAGGUGGCUACAGGUCCCGUUCGCGUUCGUACUCUCCACGUCGUUACUGAAAAGGCAUUUUGGUAUGAAGUGCCAGGAAAAACGGAAGAAGGAAGGAGUGUACCUGAGACUCAAAACUUUAAUUUCUGUUUUAAGUACAUGACUUUUACUGUUUUUCAAGUGGCAUACAUGUUAAGUUGUAGCUUAGGUUAUUUUUUUCUAAAUUGUGAACAUUUGGAUUGCAGGUUUAAAAUAAAUAACCCUGUUUCAGGAAACUAAUAUGUAGCUUUGCAUGAUUAAGCAAAUUCAAAUUCUCCAGUGUAAUUUGGUUUUCUUGAUAAGAGAUUCUGUCAUCCAGUUUCAGGGUAUUUGUGUAUUAGUCUUGUUCAUUGGUAAGUGCCCCUUUAUUGCUUAUGUGCUGCUGGGCUAUUUUCACUAAUAAUCUUGCAGUUUUAAUAGUUUUGAUUGACCUGAUUAAUCACCAAUUUUACGCCCACACAGUAUCAUCAACCCAUAACUAUCACACUGAGAUAUAUGAAAUAAACUUUGCUCAGAAGGUCGUUGUCUGACAUUUUAAAACAUAUCGUAUUACCUGUUGAUGUAAAUCCCUGGGUGGUAUCCUUGUUUUAAGAGAUGCCUUACACUCCGGGCAGCAUACAGCAUUUCCCCCUGGUCAUUGCCGAAGGUUGAGUACUCCAAUGAAGAUAAAAAUUCUCACCCGUUAAGAUGUGAAUCUACUCUUUAUAUGAAUUGGCAUCGGACCCAACAUUAUUUACUUAGAAAUAUGGCUUUGUUUUAUGAACACAAUGUACAUCACUUGGCAGUUUAAAAAAUUGUUAAAUAUGCAUUUUUGUAUCGAGGCUUAACAUUGUUUUCAAUGAUUUAACUCCAGUUCUGUAAAAUCUGAGGCUCAAAUAUUAAGAGUACCAUAUUUUUAAGUGCAUAGUAUUUUCAUUUAAUUGAAAUGUGUACCAAUUAAAACAAUUGUUAUACAAUACCUAAACAAUUCUGUCAGUGCAACAAUUAUACACAAAAUCGUGCAAAAACCGGUUUGCCAUUCCACUGCAGAAAGCAAUAACUGAUUGUCACCAGUUCAUCAGGUGUUUGAAGUAUCAAUAUUUGUAUAUAAACGUGUAAUACAUAUAAACUUACAUUUGAAAUA